AUGCCUAGAUGGCACCUGCACGAAAAUCUUAGAAAAAAUCGAGACAACUCUGCAGCAGGCAACAGUACGCUGAUUUGGCUUUCUGGCUCUCCCGGGACAGGGAAAUCUGCGAUUGCUCAUACAAUCGCCAGCCGCCUCAAAAUCAAGUCGAAAUUGGCUGGCACGUUUUUCUUUAGCCGCCAACAUAAGGAUAUGCCAGGUAUAACCAGCCUUGAUUUCUUUGUGCCUACCUUGGCCUACCAAAUUUCGAAAAGUACACAGCUGGCUAAAGACACGAUGGUCCGAUCCAUCACAUCCGACCCUCUUAUCCUUGAUCCAAGGAAGCCGCUUGCUGAUCAAAUCCAAGAACUGCUGGUUAAGCCGUUACAAAAUUUGCGGUUCUCGUGGUCGGAACCGAAGGUCCUUGUAAUUGACGCGAUUGACGCAUGCGAAGAAGAACGCAUCCACGAGCUCAUUUUACGUCUUUCAAGCCUCCUCCACCAGCCAGAUAUCCCACACUUGCACAUCGUCAUCACUAGUCGUCCUCUUCACACUAUUGACGAUGCAUUCGAAGCCAUUGGCUGCGAGGAGUCGAUACAUCACAUCACUCUCGAUGAUGUUGAUGUUGCUGAAGACGUUUGUCUCCUCUUCAAGCACGCUCUGGAGAGGAGCUAUAGAAUUCACGGCCUCGAAUGCCCUGAAUUAGAGUCCGACGAUGAGAUAAUCCUCUGUCUCGCUGACAAGGCAAACGGUCGGUUCGGAACUGUAUCGAUGAUGAUGAGAUUUCUCGAGACCCACGACGACGACGACGACGACGAAGUGCCAUGCAAUUUGGAUGAAAAAAUCAACCUUAUGAAGGAUCCUGGUGAUGCGUAUCUACAUCCCACCCAAAUAUUCCGGUUCUACGAGUUCGUCAUCAACUCCUCAGAAAAUCCAACCCGUGCAUACCGGCAUCUAUCCACGGAUCUUCAGAAAGCGAUUUACCGUACCAUUCUCGUGUCAUUAUCCCCAAUAGUCAGCGUCCCUGCUGACGAUUCUCGCCCUGUCGAGGUUCUCCACAUGGAGUCACUUCGCGAGUUUCUCUCCCGGCAUUCAUCUUCGUCAUGUGCAUCUCAGCUCCUUGCACGGUCCAGUCUGCGGAUGAUGAAAAGUUCAUUCCGCCAGUCCGUUCUCAAGGAUGAGCUACAACGAAUAGUGCCACUGACGAAGACACCUAUUGCAGAUCCACAAUCAGAUAAUAUUUUGAUGGUUUUCCUUGAGUUUUGUUUGGCACCGCCAUGCAACAAGGCCAUAUAUGCGGCCGCAUGGUAUCGUGAAUAUGCGCCGUCAGGGACUGGCACUCCUUGCUGCGUUCCGCCUAGUAGUCAAGCACUGUAA